CAGCAACCGGCUACGCCUGGUACCCCAAGUUCACUCCUCAUCAAUAUAAAACGCCGGUGAUCACCCAUGCAUAUGCUGUGACUCGACUAUUAUUCAAACACUUUCUUGCCACUUCUUGAUCUUGAUUUCCCGACAAUGCCAAUCCACACACAGCUUGUCGACCGGGUUGCCGUCGGCCGCUACCAAGACGAAGUGACUCAUCCCAGCGCCAUCAAGGCGUUUGUGGCAGAGUUCAUAAGUACUCUGAUCUUUGUGUUCGCCGGCCAAGGCUCCGGAAUGGCUUUUGGCAAGCUCACUGACGGUGGUGCAACCACCCCAGCUGGUCUAGUGGCGGCGGCACUUGCACAUGGUUUUGGGUUGUUUGUGGCUGUCUCGGUCGGAGCUAAUAUCUCCGGCGGCCAUGUCAACCCGGCUGUCACCUUUGGUGCCUUCAUUGGUGGUAAUAUCACCUUACUCCGUGGAAUCUUCUACAUCAUAGCACAGCUCCUUGGCUCUGUCGUAGCUUGCCUGCUCCUCUUUUUCUCCACCGGCGGUUUGGCAACCACCGGAUUUUCAUUGAGCGCCGGAGUAUCAAUCUGGAACGCCUUUGUCUUCGAAAUCGUGAUGACUUUCGGACUGGUGUACACCGUGUACGCCACCGCCAUCGACCCAAAAAAGGGUGACGUCGGCAUAAUCGCUCCGUUGGCAAUUGGAUUAGUGGUGGCGGCUAACAUUUUAGCCGGCGGUGCAUUUACCGGAGCAUCAAUGAACCCCGCCGUUGCAUUUGGCCCUGCGGUGGUUAGUUGGGACUGGAGGUGCCACUGGAUUUACUGGGCUGGACCCCUAAUCGGUGGUGGGAUCGCCGGUGCCAUUUAUGAGCUUAUCUUCAUUAACCGCACUCAUGAGCCUUUGCAAGGAUCUGAGUUUUAAGGGAUGUGAAAAGACUUUUAUGCCCUUGUGAAUCUUUGUUGUGUCUUCUCAUUUAUGAGUUGGUAUUGUAUGAUUGUAUUUGUAAUUUGUAUUGGCGUUUUCUUAUUUAAUUUAAUUUCCAUUGUGUGGAAAAUAAUUUUUUGGUAUCAAAUACGGUUUACGAAUAUAAAUCUACUAUGAAAUUAUGGA